CCUGUUUUCUCUGGAGGAAUCAUUUGAAUUCAAAUGGGUGAUGGGUUUUGAGUGGCUUCAUCAAAUUGAAGUCACUUGGCCUACCAAAAAGUGGGGGAAAAUGCCUAUUCUUGCUGUCCAUAAAGAGCAGAAGCAAAAGUUUGGUAGCUUUACCAUAAAAGAAUUGAAUGGGUGAAAGCAAAACAGAGGUGGAAUCAAUUGUGAGAGAAGAAGGAGAAGCUGAGAAGAAUCAUCUCAUGGCUGGUGGUGCAGUCACUUCUAUACCUCUUCUCACUCCAUACAAGAUGGGAAAGCUUCAACUUUCUCACAGAGUGGUUUUGGCACCUUUGACAAGACAGAGGUCUUACAACAACGUCCCUCAACCACAUGCUAUUUUAUAUUACUCUCAAAGAACCACCAAAGGGGGGUUGCUCAUAACUGAAGCCACAGGUGUUUCUGACACUGCUCACGGACUCCCGCAUACUCCUGGUAUUUGGACAGAAGAGCAGGUAGAAGCCUGGAGACCUAUAGUGGAUGCUGUUCAUGCAAAGGGUGGUGUCUUCUUUUGCCAGAUUUGGCAUGUGGGAAGGGCGUCCUCUUCUGAGUUUCAGCCAAAUGGGCAGGCUCCCAUCUCAUCCACAGACAAACCACCAGAGGCACUUGUUGGCCCAGAUGGUGCUGUUCAAAUGGAGUUCACACCUUCAAGACGGUUAAAGACGCAUGAAAUCCCUCAAAUCGUUAAUGAUUUCAGAAUUUCUGCUAGAAAUGCUAUAGAAGCUGGCUUUGAUGGAGUUGAGAUUCAUGGGGCUCAUGGCUACCUACUUGACCAGUUCAUGAAAGACCAAGUAAAUGACCGAACAGAUGAAUAUGGUGGAAGCUUACAAAAUCGUUGUCACUUCCCUCUAGUAGUAGUUGAGGCUAUUGUAAAUGAGAUUGGAGCUGAUAAAGUUGGGAUGAGGCUCUCACCUUUUGCUGAUUAUAUGAAUUCUGGAGACUCAAAUCCGGAAGCUCUUGGCCUUUACAUGGCUGAAGCCCUUAACAGAUACAGUAUUCUGUAUUGCCACAUGGUAGAGCCAAGUAUGAUUAAAGGUGGGGAAAAGGCUGAAACUCCCCACAGUCUUCUACCCAUGAGAAGGGCUUUCAAUGGCACUUUUAUUGCAGCUGGGGGCUAUGAUAGGGAAGAUGGGAACAGAGCAAUUGCUACCAACUACUCAGAUCUUGUGGCUUAUGGUCGCUUCUUCUUGGCCAAUCCAGAUUUGCCAAGGAGGUUUGAGCUUAAUGCUCCUCUUAACAAGUACAAUAGAGCAACAAUGUACAUACCUGAUCCCGUAAUCGGUUACACUGACUAUCCAUUUCUUGAUUCUACAACUCCAAUUUCAGAAUAAUAAGAGAGGUUCAGUGAGUUGAGCAUUUGAAAGGAUUUUGAUAGUUUUGUUGUUUCCUCCCCUCUCCCUCCCUCCUCGCUUCCCAUUAGGAUCUUUUAUGUAUUGUAGAAGUGAUUUGACAAUUUUUCUGUUUCAUUCCUCACCCUCCACUCCACCUCCUUGUGGAUCCAUGUAGCUGACCACAUUUAGUUGGAAUAAGGCUGAUUAUUGUUAUUGUUGUAUGUAUUGUAGAAGUGAAGAAAUAUUCAAUCUAAUGAUCAUGCCCCAGUAGUAUGCAA